CCAGCCUCCGAUCAGCCCCAGCAGCCUCCACCUCCAACGCUUACGAACCCUCGCUUUACUCUCGAGCUCGAAUUCGUCUCCUCCCUCGCAAACCCUUACUACCUGUCACAUCUCGCGGUCACAUACCCAGGUCUACUUGGAAUCUCCAAAUCAGGCGAUGAUGACGAUGCGGAUACUACCUCGGCCCCUGACGCGCAGGCCUUUGCGGCGUACCUGGCCUACCUCUACACCUACUGGAAAACACCCGAAUACGCCCAGUUUUUGACACACCCUGGUGCCACAUUACGCGCGCUACGCCUUCUCCAAGAAGAGACUUUCCGCCGUGACAUUAUCCGACCGCAGGUGAUUGAAGGUUUAGCGGGGAUGGGCAUCGCCAAUGACCAAGGCCAACCCGCAGAAACCGAGGAGGCAGACGAGGGGCAAGGGAAUGAAAAUGCGGAGAAGGCGAACACCGAUGAUAGAAACGGA